AUGCACAAAUUGCUAAUGUCGAUAUUCCUGGCCGCGUGCGUCGCGGCCGAACCCAUGCUGGGUUCCCUGCAUCCGCUGGAGGGAUUUGAUUGCUCGACGACGGACAACCAUAUCUACAGCUGUUUCUUGGUGAAGACCUAUGUUGCCCUCGACAAAGCGGCCCGAUCGGGCGACAUCAAGAUCAUCGAUGGCGUCACCUUCAUACGGGAGGCACCGAUGGAGCGCACAGCGAGGAUUCUGCAGAAGUCCGAACAUGAGAUAUUGAGUGAACUGCCGCAAGACGAUAACGAAAGAGUGAUCAAACUUGGGAAAAUGUUGUAUACUUCAAUAAUCUCUUUCUUAAAGAGUCACAGUCUGAAACUCACCAUGCAUGAUGUGCCGAUAUCACGCGCCCUGGAAGAAGGACGCCUCAAGCUCAAGAAGACGCUCAUCCCAUUGAUCGCCGGAAUCAAGGCUGUGACGGUGUUACCGAUCGUCGGCUUCAUUAGCGUGAUGGCCAUGAAGGCGUUCAUGACCGCCAAGAUCGCCCUGCUGGCCAUCGGCUCCAUGCUGUUGUACAAGCUCUUCUACAACAACAAUAUGGUCAAGUCUCCACAGUACGGCUAUUACGACAACGGCUCCGCGGGCUGGUCCAACGGGUCCCCGAUCCAAGGAACCUACCGCAGGAGCUUGCCGCAGGAGGCCGACGCCCAGAAACUGGCGUAUUCUGCAUACGUGCCGACGACCGUCAGCAAUUAA